AUGAAGCUCGCCUGGUUCGCCUCCGUCGCCACCACCCUCGCCGCCGCCGUCUACGACGGCUUUGACGUCGCCGGCGACGACCCUAGCCCCGCCACCACCGGCUCCGUCACCACCCUCGACGCCUUCCCGGACUACGCCCUCCGCGUCCACCCCUUGGACUCCCUGAAACCCAAGUAUAAGUUUGACGACGUCAACUCCUAUACCGGCUACUUAGACGUCGAACUGCUGCUGAAGCACUUGUUUUACUGGUUCUUUGAGUCCCGCGGCGACCCCGCCACCGACCCCGUGAUCCUCUGGCUCAACGGCGGGCCGGGGUGCUCGUCGCUGCUCGGUCUCUUUGGCGAGUUGGGCCCGUCGUUCAUCAACGCCAGCAUCGUGCCCGAGUUCAAUCCUUUUUCGUGGAAUAGUAACGCCCUGGUGCUCUUUUUGGACCAGCCGGUGGGGGUGGGGUACUCGUAUACUGACGACCCCCUGGAGUACCACAACCUGACCUAUGCCGCCGCCAAGGACGUCUACGCCUUUCUCGAACUUUUCUUUGCCCGCUUCCCCCAGUUCCAGGGGAGAGAGUUCCACAUCGCCGGCGAGUCCUACGGCGGCCACUACGUCCCCGCCUUCGCCAGCGAGAUCUUGCACCACCCGGAACGCUCCUUCAACUUGACCUCGGUCCUCAUCGGCAACGGCAUCACCGACAGCCUCGUCCAGUGGCCCUACUACCAGCCGAUGGUGUGUGGCCUCGGCGGCGAGCCCGCGGUGGUGUCGCCCCAACAGUGCCGGGACAUGGCCGCCGGCACUCCUGCGUGCCAGCAGGCGGUCGAGCUCUGCUACGACUUCCCUAACUUGGUGGUGUGCCGCAUCGCCGGCGAGGUGUGCUCCAACUUGUACCACAAGCCGUUCUUGGCCACCGGGCUCAGCCCUUACGAUAUCAGGGUCAACUGCAGUGCUGGGAGCGACCUCUGUGACGCCCGCAUGGACUACGUCACCCGGUUCCUCCUGCAGCCCGACGUCAUCCGCCAAGUAGGCGCCCAGGUGCCGCUGUUCCAGCCGUGCAACAACAGUGUCGGGUACGCCUUUGGCGACACCGCCGACGGGGUGCGCCCCUUCCAAGGGUUUGUCGCCGAGUUGCUCGACCACGACGUCCCCGUGCUCGUCUACGCCGGCGACAAGGACUGGAUCUGUAACUGGUUGGGCAACGAGGCGUGGACGAAGUUGCUUGCGUGGAAGGGCCACGACGGGUUUGCCCGGGCCCAGCCCCACCCGUGGGUGACGGCCGAGGGGAAUCCCGCCGGCGUCGCCACCAACUACAACCACUUUACUUUCCUCAGGGUGUUUGACGCGGGGCACAUGGUCCCCGCCGACCAGCCACAACACUCCCUCGACAUGUUGUCGAAGUGGCUCGCCAAGGACUACGCGUUUGCGUCGUAG